AUGGAGCACACCCCGGCGCAAAACGAAGAAGAAUGGUUUGUUGGCAGCAUCGACCAGGGAACCACCUCGUCACGCUUCCUCAUCUUCAACAAAGACGUCGACCCCGUUGCCAGCCACCAAAUCGAGUUUGAGAACCACUAUCCAGUCUCGGGAUGGCACGAGCAUGAUCCCGAGGAACUGCUUGCCUCAGUUCAGACAUGUAUUGAGGAGGCAACGAAACGUUUCACUGAGCUGGGUUAUUCGCCCUCUCAGAUCAAGUCUGUGGGUAUCACCAACCAGAGGGAAACGACUGUCUGCUGGGACAAGAACACUGGCGAGCCUCUCUGCCGAGCUGUGGUUUGGCCUGAUACCCGUACCAAGGGCCUUGUGCGCGAGCUCAAGGCUAGGCCUGGUGCUGACAAGCUGAAAGAGCUCUGUGGUCUCCCUCUCAGCACAUAUCCUUCGAGUGUCAAGCUUUUGUGGCUCCUGCGCCACCAUGAGGCGGUCAAGAGCGCUUACGACGAGGGUCGGCUCGCCUUUGGCACCGUUGAUACAUGGCUCAUCUACCGUCUAAACAGCAAGGAGAAGAACGUUUUCGUCACAGACAGCACAAAUGCUAGCCGGACCAUGUUCAUGAACAUUCACACCCGGAAAUACGACGACGAGCUCCUCUCCUUCUUCGGUCUCGACCGGGAAAAAGUCGCUCUCCCAGAAAUCGUACCUUCCUCUGACCCGCACGCUUUUGGCUGCAUUGCCGAGGGUGUUCUGGCAGGCACAAGAAUCACGGGGUGCCUAGGUGACCAGUCCAGUGCACUCGUCGGCCAGUGCGGUUUCUACCCAGGCAGAGCCAAAAACACGUAUGGUACCGGUUGUUUCCUUCUCUGCCACGUUGGAGACAAGCCGGUCAUCUCCAAGUCGGGGCUUCUCGCCACUGUGGCUUACGAUUUCCCCAACCUCGGCGAGGCCCCUGGUUACGCCUUGGAAGGCAGCAUCGCUGUUGGUGGUUCCGGUGUGAAAUUUCUCAUGGACAAUCUUGGCUUCCUCCGGGACAGCAAGAAGGUAUCGGAGCUCGCUGCAUCAGUGCCGGAUAAUGGCGGUGUCGUCUUCGUCACUGCCUUCAGUGGCCUUUUUGCGCCCUACUGGAUCGAUGAUGCCCGUGGCACACUUUUUGGCAUCACUCAUCACACGCAGAAGGGACACAUCGCCCGUGCGACGCUGGAGGCCACCUGCUUCCAGACGCGUGCCAUUCUAGAGGCCAUGGAGAAGGACUCAGGUCAUAAGCUCGAGUCCCUUGCCGUCGAUGGCGGCAUGUCCAACUCAGACAUCACCAUGCAGACCCAAGCCGACAUUAGCAACACCAUUGUCGAGCGGCCGGCCAUGCAUGAGACCACCGCUCUCGGCGCGGCCGUCGCGGCCGCCUUGGCCGUCCCCGGAUGCUGGAAGUCAUUUGACGAGAUUUCGAGCAUCAUCGGGUCCAAGGAGGGCCGCCGCGUCUUCCAGCCCGAGAUGGACAAGCGCACGGUCCGGCGCAUGUACAAGGCUUGGGAGCGCGGUGUAGAGAUGAGCCGUGGUUGGGUGCAGGACGACGAAGAUUGCGACAAGGAGGAGUAUGAGGACGAUAUGGAGGCUGACAGUGGCGUCGAGGGUGUCUCACCGUCUUGA